GAAACAGUCACCUCAAUUUUCGCCUUCCCCCGGCUCAUGCCGAGGUGAUCUUUGAACCGCUGGACCGCUUUCUAAUCUCUGCAACUACUGAUAGCAUAGCCCUACUAGGAUUCAUUCAGUGAACAUCCCAGAACGAACGGAGUCGAAUGUACAACAGGACCUCUCUUUAUCAUUGCAAUCCUUAUUAUAAUGGGCAUGUAACGGAAAGUUAAAGGAAAUAGCUUUGGAUCGAUGAACUCUUUGCUCCGCUGAAAAGCGUUCCUUCCGUUUUUCUGUAGGAUUGUAGCAUAUUUAUUUAAAUGAAAACUCCGUGCAGUAUUUACACGUUUUCUCUUUAAAGCAAGCGACGCAUCAAAACUUUCUCCAGCGCAACUCCAGGUUCAGUCCUCGCCAGAUACAAUGUAUCACUUCACAUCUUUAGUUACGUGCGCGCUUCUUUUUAUCUCGUUAUCGAAUUGUGUACAAGUGGACAGUAAGAAAGGACAAGGCUUUCUUGACGACAUAUUGCGGUUUUACGGUGAAAAUGGCUCUAUUUCGACAGCACACCUUGAACAUUUUCUGCUGCUAAUAUCAACUAGAAGACCGGCUUUUAUUGUGGAUGAGGAAAACCCACUUAUCAAUUCUGAGUGUCCCUCUGUGGGACAGAUCUUGUCCCACUAUGGGUUGACUAACGCCAGUCAGCUGACAGUGGAGCAUCUGGAGAGGAUCUGUCCUGCUGUGUUGACUCAGGUGCUGCUGCCUUCCUGCCCAUAUAAAAAAAAAAUGGCCCUGCAGCCUGUUACCUACCAUGUGUGGGGUUAUGGCUUCCUGUCUGUCACCAUUAUUAACCUGGCCUCUCUCCUGGGCCUGGCACUCAUCCCCUUCACCAAGAAGCCGUACUUUCCCAAGGUGCUCACCUACUUCAUCGGCCUGGCCAUCGGCACGCUCUUCUCCAACGCUGUGCUGCAGUUAAUACCAGAGGCCCUGGGAUUUGAUCCCAGAGCGGACGACUACAUUCUCAAGGCCAUCGGAAUAUUUGGUGGAUUUUACCUGCUGUUCUUCACAGAGAAAGUACUGAAGAUGGCACUAAGAACAGAGCAUGAGCAUGGCCACAGUCACUUCUCUCCUCCAGGUCAGCGGAGGCAGAACUCUCUCCAGAACGGAGAUGUGUCUGAGAAGAAAGAGUCUAUCACCAUGACUACGUGUACCAUCAGCAGCAUCAGUACAGACAACACCAGCCCAGACCCUCCAUUAUCAUCCACAGAACCACCUGCUCAGCAGGAAGUCCAUGUCAAUAAUGUGAUGUGCCACUGGCUGCGGGGUCAGCGCAUCGCCAACAUAAAGACGGUGGCCUGGAUGGUCACACUGAGUGACGCUCUGCACAACUUCAUCGACGGCCUGGCGAUCGGAGCUUCUUUUACCGUGUCUGUCGUCGCUGGCUUCAGUACCUCCAUCGCCAUCGUCUGUGAGGAGUUCCCCCACGAGCUAGGGGACUUUGUGAUUCUGCUGAAUGCUGGGAUGAGUAUCCCCCAGGCCGUCUUCUUCAACCUGCUGUCAGCCAUGUCCUGCUACAUCGGCCUGGCCUUCGGCAUCCUGCUGGGCAGCAACUUCGCCCCCAACGCCAUCUUCGCCAUCGCUGGGGGAAUGUUCCUCUACAUAGCACUGGCAGAUAUGGUGAGGAGAAUGUUCCUCUACAUAGCACUGGCAGAUAUGUUCCCAGAGAUGAACGCCGUGAUGAAUGAACAGGACGGGUCGACGGCGACCAAUGUUAUCUUCUUCCUGAUCCAGAACGCCGGGCUGCUCACCGGGUUCGCUAUCAUCCUGCUCAUCACCAUGUUCGUUGGUGAGAUCAACCUGGGUUAGAGCCAAUGCCGUAGCUAUAGUAACACUAGAUGACUGACAGGGGGGGGGGGGGGCUGUUUUGAAGCCACUGCGCCACCAUUUUUUUUAAAUUGAAAUACCGUAGAAUUAAUUUCAUUCCUACGGAGGACUGCUCCUUCUGAGGAGUACCAAUAUGGUGGACGGUGGCUUCAAAGCCUGUCAUUGGCCAAUAUAUAGCAAUCGGCAAUCUAGUGUUCAUACACAUCAUUGGGUAGAGCUGGGUGAGAGGGAACAAAAGAACAAGGGAAGGAGAGAAAAACGAGAAUGAGAGGAACAAUGAGAGAAAUAAAUCAUUUCAAAGAACAAAACGUGAAUGAACAGAGCUGCUUUUCAUUCCGCUCCGACAUCACAUCGGACUGGGAAGUGCCCACGUCUUGUUUUACACUAAUUGUUUACUGGGAAAUGGAAUACUUGUUUUUUUUUUCCUGACUAUCAUUAUAUUUAAAUAUAGGGAACAAUCACGUAACUAGUGUAAAUGAAAUAAAGAAACAAUGUAUUUAAAACAAAUGUUUUCAAUAAAUUAUUUUUUCAGUCUUUACAA